AUGCGAGGAGUCGGAGGUCCACUGCUCACCAUCGGGGAUCUCCUCAGCGACCUCACCAUCGAAGGCGGUGACGGCCCCCUCGUCGGCGUCGGAGAUGCGUCCGCCCCCUCCUCUCCAACGGCGUCGCAGCAAGCGGAGAAGGCCGAUCCGUUCGAUCUCAGCCAGCUCUUCGAGGUUAGGGCUCGUUUCCCUUCCACCCAUGUUCUCUCGAUCGGGGUUCCAUCCAUUGACUCUUCCAUCAUGGGUUACUCUUAUACUUCUGGGAUCGUAGAAUUGUCUACCCAAUUUGGCAAUUUGGAGUUGAGCAUCGUAUCCGUGUUUUUUUCCCGUUAUAUUACGCACUCAGCUGUUGCCAUAUGGUGCCAUGGUGGGCGAGCAGCCGCUGCGGCAAGGGCGGGCGUGCUGGGUGCUGCUGGCAAUCUGGCAUGUUCUGUUGAGUGCACAGGGAUGAUACAUCUCUAUACCACCACCGUUCUGUUGAGUGCAGAUACAAAGAAACCUGGUGGAGCAGCUAAGGAAAUAGAGACUUACUUUGGUUGUUCAGCCUCAAAUCUUGUGAUGGUUGGUGACCGAUACUUCACUAACGUGGUUAGGAAACUGGAGGCAUACCUCAUCAGUUAUUGGUACAAGAAAUGGCACAAACCCAUUAAGCAUCCUUUGCUCCCAGAUGCAAGAAGCAUUGUGAAAUUUGACCCGUAUGAUGACUAA